UGGGUAAAGCUUGAGUAUCAAAGUAAUCAGUGUUUCUAUAUUAAAAAAGGUAAUAAUAAUGGGAAUGACUCCCGCACAAGAAGUAAUAAGUUAUCUAAUAAACGCUGCAAUUGGUGUCUCCUCUACUUCGAGCCGUCCAUUUCGAGAUGCACCACCUGGGUGCCCGGAUACACUUCUUGUACAGUGUGUGAAGUGGUUUUUUCGAAAUGGAGAUUUUUCAAAUUUCUAUGAGGACAUCAAGUAUUUGGUGAAAGGGAAAUCACUUGCUGGAUUCGUCAACAGUCACUUAAUGGUGUGCCCGGAACUUAUCAGAAUUAUUGUGGAAAAUGCGGAUAACAAAUCGCGACGAGUAAAAUUUCUAAUCAAAAAAGAUGAAUUUGCAAUAUGCGUUGGACGCGGCCGACUUAUUACAUUUCCAUUUACCAAAGACAUGGAAGAACCCGCAUGUAUACUUGCAGAGUACACCGAAUUGCUCUUCUCCUUUCCACAUUAUGAUAUCGAGUAUUCAUUUGAAGGUAGCUACGGACUCAGCCGGAAUAUGGACCUCACAGAAACCCACAUCAUGCUUCUCAGCAAACUAACACCCAGUAUGUUUGCUGAAAAGGCGCGUCCAAGGAGGGUCCGUGAAAGAAAUGGUCGACUCGCUGUCCGAAUGAGCAGAAUCUCUUGGAAUCGAAGUGGUCUCUACUACAACGCCAUAAUUCAGUUUUUUGAAUCACUCCGCGGAACUGUAAUCACACAAGGCGAACAACCAUUAUGUGAGAAGUCUGUGACUUAUCAGGAAAUGUUGAAGCACACGUUGGCUCACCCCGGGGUACAUCAGUUGGACAGUCGGCCCAACUUUCAGUGGAAGAUCUCAAUGAGGAAGACUCGAAAAAAUGAUUGAUUUAUUUCUGAAAGUUGUGAUGAGUUGUGAUUGACUGAGCUCUGUAGACUUGGGUUGCCGGUUCAGGACGAGUAGAAAAAUGCUUCCACAAGAUUUUGUAUUCAACCUAAAAAGUUAUCCUGAAUCUCAUACAAAGCUCUACUGUGUAUUGUGUGUUUUUUGUUUGCUGUUCCUAGUCUACUAGAUUCGUCUCAUUUUUCGACCUCUAUCAUUCUUAUUAACAUUUGCAAUUAUUUUGCAGUCACCAAAUCUCCCUGCUGCUGGCACAUCACAUUUAAAAAGUCUUUAUGCCUGCCUACGCCUUAUAUUUUUUUGUACAAAUGUUCAAAUGCCCAUUUUCUUUCGCUGCAUGUACUGUGUCUUCUUUUCAUCUCGUGUUGAUCCACCAAUGUGUGCUAAAAUGCACAGAAUUUGAGUUUCUUCAAAUUUUUGUAUUCAAUGAAGAUUUUGAAGUAAAA